ACUGCCAGUCUUCUGGGUGAGAUUCACCUCUCCUGCAGUGAAGAUAUUUUUAGAGCGCUAGACGUUCAAACAGAGAAAUGUGAAAACUGAAAGUGGGGGGAAACAAUAUUUCCUGCCCUUACUGCUACAGUCCUGCGGCUGACGGCAGCCGAUCCACCAGCAGUGACUGGCGGAACACUCUCACUUGGAGAGAUCAGCCUGUUAGUGGGAGGUAACCUCAGUGUCUGUCCAUGCUGCGCCGUGCGUUUUAUUUGGACACGUAAAUGCCGAGCGCACUGAGGUACUGUAAAGCGCACCGAUGGAUGCUGCCUGCUUGCGCGUAUUGGAACGGGCUAAUUUGUGAUAGCAGCUUAAAACACUACAGUCGACAGGAGAGAAGAAGACAGAGCUUGGACGACCAGAACUCUGUGGAUAAUAACCCUUAACGAAUUUCUUACCCCUCAUGUGUCACAUCAAUGCAUAGGCGAGAUGCAUACGGAACGAGGGCGCAGAAGUGAUGACUGCUGCCUUUGGUGAAGUAAAACUCACGUUCAGAUAGGGUGAAUCAAGGCUCGGCGCGGAGAACAUGUAAAAAUUUUAGGUCGUUGGUUUUUUUUUUUUUUGUUUGUUUUUUUUACAACGAAGGCUAAUCACACUUAAAGCCGCUGCCUGAAUUCUGAAUUUCUGAUGGGGUUUUAAAGGCUUCUUGAGGAUAUCUGCUGUAUGUUUUUUCUUUUCGAUGUUGCAUCCAAGAUUAACGCAUUUUUCCUCUCGAAAAUGGAGAACGGAUCAGCCUAAAGAGAAGAGGGAGAUAUCGUUUUAUCUCGACAACUUUAUAAAUUCUCCAAUGUAUGGGAUACCUUUUCAACCACUAAACUGCGGGACUUCUUUCGUCGAUAUAACCAGGAGGGGAAAAAAGAAAUAAGCAUCUUGAAAUCCGCACUGGGUUGUGAGGUGAAAUCUAAUCAGAUUCAGCAGGGUUGACGACUAAGAAGUAACAGGGACUUGAAGAAAAGUUACAUUUGAGAAAGACAGCGAGCGGGACGUUAAAAUAACCCUACCUCUGCCCCUCAAUGAAUGGAUGAUGGUCUGCCAUACAGACUAAUGAGGGGCUUUUCAGGAUGUAUCUACGUGGAAAUUGACCACAUGGUUUCCCGUGCUCUACAUGUUGUGGAGAGGUUACAUUUUGAAACAUUUAAUUGAGAUCUGAGAGCAAGUAAAAACAGUGCUACUCCACAUUAACCUGACAUCUGGAGAAAAUGUGGGACCACAAUGGGUAUUGCUUUGCAGCGGGAGAGUAGUUUCAACAAUGGCACUUGUGGGUGCCUCCGUGUUGUGUGAGUCCUGAAAAAGAAGAGGAGAUAUCGGGUGCAUUAUUAUCACAGUGAGAGUUAAUAGCAUGUCAUCCAGACUGAUAUGUGGAUUAUAUACCACGUUGUUUUGAAUGUGGGAACACAAUGUGUCUGAAAAGAAAUAUCACCACGGAUUCUGCAAAAAUCGCCUGAGAAUUGCGGAUGUUUUUUCGAUGCAGUUUUUGGGGAGGGAGCGGAAGAGGGACCGUUCUCCGUCUAAAGCAGAGAUCCUGCAGCCCCCGCUCUCUUCUGGAACAAGGACAGCUUUACGGUGGAUUGGAAGUUAACAUGAGGAUGACCAGAACCACUUGGAACUGUGAUUGAAUUGGCAGUGAGCCCAAAUCCUCUUUCCAAAGAGUGGAAGACCAGUCAAUGAAUUAUGAAUGUUAAACAAGAUGACCUCCUCUCAGAAGCAGCAGAUGAUGCGAGGUCCUAGGUGGAACCGGGCCUUGUCCGACCCUUUGUUUGUGCUGCUUCUGGCCCUCCAGCUGCUGGUGGUGGCAGGGCUGGUACGCGCUCAGACGUGCCCCUCUGUCUGCUCCUGUAGUAACCAGUUCAGCAAAGUCAUCUGCACCCGGCGAGGCCUGCGAGAUGUCCCAGAUGGCAUCUCUACCAACACACGCUACCUGAAUCUGCAAGAAAAUCUCAUUCAAGUCAUAAAGGUGGACAGCUUCAAGCACCUAAGACAUCUGGAGAUCCUGCAGCUGAGCAAAAAUCACAUACGCAAAAUUGAGCUGGGAGCCUUCAAUGGACUAGCCAGCCUCAAUACCUUGGAGCUUUUUGAUAACCGCCUCACUACUAUCCCAAACGGGGCAUUUGAGUACCUGUCCAAACUAAAGGAGCUUUGGCUAAGGAAUAACCCCAUAGAGAGCAUUCCCUCCUAUGCUUUCAACAGAGUGCCCUCAUUACGGCGGUUGGACCUUGGGGAGCUCAAACGGCUCUCCUACAUAUCUGAGGGGGCCUUUGAAGGGCUGAGCAAUCUGCGCUACUUAAAUCUUGGAAUGUGCAAUCUGAGGGAAAUUCCCAACCUUAUUCCCCUGGUUAAGCUGGAUGAACUGGAGAUGUCAGGGAACCAGCUCACUGUCAUCCGACCUGGCUCUUUCAAAGGGCUCAUUCAUUUACAGAAGCUAUGGAUGAUGCAUGCCCAGAUCCAGACCAUAGAAAGGAACUCUUUUGAUGACCUGCAGUCACUAGUGGAGCUCAAUCUAGCCCAUAACAACCUUACCCUAUUGCCCCAUGAUCUCUUCACUCCAUUACAUCACCUCGAGAGGGUGCACUUGCACCACAACCCGUGGAAUUGUAACUGUGACAUCCUCUGGCUAAGCUGGUGGCUUAAGGAGAUGGUACCAGCAAACACGAGCUGCUGUGCCCGCUGCAGCUCACCCUCCAACCAUAAGGGGCGAUACAUUGGUGAGCUGGACCAGAACUACUUUCACUGUUAUGCUCCUGUUAUUGUGGAGCCUCCCGCAGACCUAAAUGUGACAGAGGGAAGCGCUGCAGAGUUGAAAUGCAGAGCCAGCUCCUUGACCUCAGUAAGCUGGAUUACACCCAAUGGUUCCAUCAUGACACACGGUGCAUACAAGGUCAGAAUCUCUGUGCUGAAUGAUGGCACUCUGAACUUUACCAAUGUUACCAUGCAGGACACAGGUACUUAUACAUGUAUGGUGAGUAAUUCUGCAGGUAACACAACAGCAUCUGCCACACUCAAUGUGUCCUCUACAGAGAAUAGUAGCUUCAGCUACUUCACCACAGUGACAGUGGAGACCAUAGAAACGCCACAUAAUGAAGGCUUCACCACUACUGUGCAACAGAAGGUGGGCCCCACCCCCUCUGCUGGUACGUGGGAGUCUGUUUCGCCCACCUCUACAACUACCACCACAGUCCGGAUCCCACUCUCCACUCGCGCCACAGAGAAGACUUACACAAUCCCUGUCACAGAGCUGGGUGGGGAGGGCUCACUGAAUGGCUUGGAUGAAGUAAUGAAGACAACCAAGAUCAUAAUUGGCUGCUUUGUUGCAAUCACACUCAUGGCAGCUGUCAUGCUGAUCAUCUUCUACAAGAUGCGCAAACAGCACCACCAGCAGAACCAGCAUGCACCUACACGCACCAUUGAGAUCAUCAAUGUGGAUGAGGACUGUGUAACAGGAGGCCCAGGCAUGGAGGGCCACCUGACUCUGCCUCCUCUUGAGCACGAGCACCUAAACCAUUAUAACACCUAUAAAACAGCAUACAACCAUGCCUCCACUAUCAACUCCAUACACAGCUCAGCGCACGAACCUUUGUUAAUCCGGGCCAGCUCAAAAGACAAUGUACAAGAGACCCAAAUCUAAUCCUUUUUUUUUUUCAAAACAAGACAUUAUAAAGCUGAUGGAAUUACAUAAAGACAUUACUGACUGGAAAUUACUGACAACUGGUUGCAAGGACUGUGGCUCAAACGUGAGGUUUAGAAACGUGGUGUGGCAAAUCAGUGACUGGUGAUGUUUAUUCAAUGACUUUGGGAAUUAGGGUAUGUCUACUGUUUCAAAAAGUGUCUUUACAAAACAGAAGUUAUUUAUUUAAGAAAAAAAACUAGUGUGGUUAAAUCAAGAAAAAACUGUAUUCUGCAAUUAUUUUUUCAGCAUUUAAUUAAUUUUUUUUCUUCUAUUCAUUUCACAGGAUUGGUUUACUAAUAUGCUUUCAAACUCUGUUUGAAGACAUAUGUCAAAGACAAACUCCUGAAGCAAAUUAUUGUUCUGUUUUUGGUAAACUGCAGACUUUAGAUCCGAUGAGAUAGUAACCUCAUUUUCCCCAUGUAUCAAAGGAAUCUAGAGCACAUUAGUGAUGUUCUCCAGCUGUGGAUUAAGUGAUGAAAUCUUUUGUGACCAUCUGUAACUGAGAUGAAUUAAACACUUGUUCAUUAUUUUACAGUGAAUGACAGAACUGUCAGUGAUGAAAUUUGAUCAUAAUUCACAGUUUAAUUAUAUCUGUCACAUACAUAGUAGCCACUCUUUGCUCUGUCAUCAAUAGACUGAGGGGAAUAUGCCCUACCUUCUGAUAUUGUAAAAGUUGAGUCUCACUGUUAGAAGUGCAUUUUAGCUAAAUUAAAUUCUAUUGAUUAACUAUAAAAGAAACUUACAUUUGUCUUUGUGUUGCUAAUGUAUAUGGAAAAUAUAAAUUUAUCCCUAAUCUCCACUUGUUUUCACUCAACUUCCCAGUUUCGCCGAGAUAUCUUCUGAUUGUUAUAGAGGACAUUAAUAACAUUAAGACCUAUUUAGAUUCUGAAGUUCAUGAUAUAGGACCAGCAUUAAUGGGUAUUUUAGAAUCGGCAUAAUUGUGAUUGCAAAAAUAGGGAAAGAUGUAAAGAUCAGAAAUCUCGUGAAAAAUAUAGAUGCUCUCAAAUUCAUGGCCUCACCUUUACCUUACGGUGCUUUGUACUGUUUCAUAUGAAAAUGAUUCCUUUGAAGCCACCUUUUUCAUGCUGGUACCCCUUACCUCAUCUGCAGUACUGCAGGAGUGUUGUCAGAAGCAGACUGAUGAGCUAAAGAAAGAGUGUUAACCCUUUAUACAGCUGUCUGAGCACAUCGCCUGUCAUCUGUGUGCCACAUUUCCAAAUGGGCAGUGCCUGGCAGCCCCAGAUUCACACCCUGCCCCUGCCAACCACAGGACUUGGCCCUGAGCAGCAGGGCUUAUGCUGCGGGAGGCUUUAGGGAGAAUGUGUGGGAUCGGGCAUCAACCAGAUGUUUGGGUUGCACCCGCCUCUUUCCAUCUCCCUUAGCGACAACACAAUUUCCAUUUUAAUUGAUGUGCUCAUGGGCGUUGGAUGUGUCCCCACUGUGAAAAAUGGUGCCAGGCACCACAAAUGCAGUGCUUAGGCAGACAUUUGUCAGUCACUUAGGGAGAUGCCCCAGGUUUUUUCCUGCCCUAACAGUAAAUUCUAUAAGAAGGGUCAGGCCACUGUCAUGCUUUAUUCUGUUUUGUUUUCAUUAUAUCAUGGUUUUAACAAUAAGGAAGUAUAUAAAGGACAAUUACAGAUAGUGGCGUGUACUUUUUAUGGAGUCACAAUGCACACCACUAACCUUAAAGCUAGAGUGGUACUCCACCCAUAAUUCACAGUAUGUUCCAAGUUUCAAAAACUCAUCUUCUAUAGACUUGAAAGGUGAUAUAUAUGAUUUGCCAUUUUAUA